AUGUCCGGCCCUUUGUUCUGCGCUCGUGCGUGUGUCCGGCACCCUCGGAACCCAGAGGCCCGCACUCUGAAGGUGACCCCCCUGGGGAGGAAGGCGACGGCCCCUGCGAGGAUGAUGGCGCGCGCCUGCCUCGCCCCGGCCCGCAUCCCUGCCGUCGCCGUGUGGCUUCUGUGCGCUCUCGGCCUCCAGGGCACCCAGGCAGGACCGCCGCCCGCGCCCCCUGGGCUGCCCGCAGGAGCCGACUGCCUGAACCGCUUUACCGCCGGGGUGCCUGACUUCGUGCUGGACACCAACGCCUCUGUCAGCAACGGAGCCACCUUCCUGGAGUCCCCCACCGUGCGCCGGGGCUGGGACUGCGUGCGCGCCUGCUGCACCACCCAGAACUGUAACUUGGCGCUGGUGGAGCUGCAGCCCGACCGCGGGGAGGACGCCAUCGCUGCCUGCUUCCUCAUCAACUGCCUCUAUGAGCAGAACUUCGUGUGCAAGUUCGCACCCAGGGAGGGGUUCAUCAACUACCUCACGAGGGAAGUGUACCGCUCCUACCGCCAGCUGCGGACCCAGGGCUUUGGAGGGUCUGGGAUCCCCAAGACCUGGGCGGGCAUGGAUUUGAAGGUACAACCCCAGGAGCCUGUGGUGCUGAAGGAUGUGGAGAAUACAGAUUGGCACCUACUGCGGGGUGACACUGAUGUCAGGGUAGAGAAGAAAGACCCAAACCGGCUGGAGCUGUGGGGACUCAAGGAGGGCACCUACCUAUUCCAGCUAACAAUGACUAGCUCAGACCAGCCAGAGGACACGGCCAACAUCACAGUCACUGUGCUGUCCACCAAGCAGACAGAAGACUACUGCCUCGCGUCCAGCAAGGUGGGCCGCUGCCGGGGCUCUUUCCCGCGCUGGUAUUACGACCCCAUGGAGCAGAUCUGCAAGAGUUUCACUUAUGGAGGCUGCUUGGGCAACAAGAAUAACUACCUUCGGGAAGAAGAGUGCAUUCUAGCCUGUCGGGGUGUGCAAGGUCCCUCCGUGGAAAGGCGCCAUCCAGUGUGCUCUGGCACCUGUCAGCCCACCCAGUUCCGCUGCAGCAAUGGCUGCUGCAUCGACAGUUUCCUGGAGUGUGAUGACACCCCCAACUGCCCCGACGCCUCCGACGAGGCCGCCUGUGAAAAAUACACCAGUGGCUUUGAUGAGCUCCAGAGCAUCCAUUUCCCCAGUGACAAAGGGCACUGCGUGGACCUGCCCUACACAGGACUCUGCCAGGACAGCAUCCCACGCUGGUACUACAAUCCCUUCAGUGAACGCUGUGCCCGCUUUACCUAUGGCGGUUGUGAUGGCAACAAGAACAACUUUGAAGAAGAGCAGCAGUGCCUUGAGUCUUGUCGCGGCAUCUCCAAGAAGGAUGUGUUUGGCCUGCGGCGGGAAAGCCCCAUUCCUACCACAGGCUCUGUGGAGGUGGCUGUCGCAGCAUUCCUGAUCAUCUGCAUUGUGGUGGUGGUCGCCAUCCUGGGUUACUGCUUCGUCAAGAACCAGAGAAAGAACUUCCGCAGACACCACCACCGCCACCACCCACCACCCACCCCUGCCGGCUCCACUGUCUCCACUACCGAGGACACAGAGCACCUGGUCUAUAACCACACCACCCGGCCCCUCUGAGCCUGGGUCUCGCCAGCUCACCUGGCUCUGCUUCCUGCUUGCCAAGGCAGAGGCCUGGGUUGGAAAAAACUUUGGAACCAGACUCUUGCCUGUUUCCCAGGCCCACUGUGCCUCAGAGACCAGGGCUCCAGCCCCUCUUGGGAAAGUCCCACCUAAGCUGAGGUCCUGAGAAAGCUCAAGGGUCUCAAAGGAGCAGAAAACCCUGGGGCCAGAAGUACCAUAUUAGAUGGACCUGCCUGCCUAGGAGUUUGGAGGAAGCUGGAGUUUUGUUUCCUCUGUUCAAAGCUGUCUGUUCCUACCCCACAGCACUAGGAAGAGGCCUGGGGUGGUGUUAGACCCUGGAGGCCCCAGCCCUGUCCUCCAGGGCUCCCCUUCCAUGCUUUGUGCCCAGGGCUGGGAGGGAGUACUUCCCUGUGUAGUUUGUGCUGCUGUAAAGAGUUGCUUUUUGUUUAUUUAAUGCUGUGGCACGGGUGAAGAGGAGUGUGGCUUCGCCAUCCUCCCUUCCUCUUCCCCCAAGAUUGAGUUCCCUGCCCUUGACCAGCCCCAACCUGGCCUAGACCUACUGAGCAAGGAGAGGCUCAGCUGCAUCGUACAGCCUCCCCUGCCCCCCGCAGGGCUCUCCAACAUCACAGUCCAGUCCUCCCACAGGGUAAUGAAAGUAGUUUGUGGGGUUUCUGGCUCUGUUCUGUGGGCCAGGAGAGGGACCAGCUUGCUGGGGGGAGAUGGGACCGCCCUGUUCAGCUGGUUUAGGCUUUGGCCACCCUGUUGAGCAGGUUUUCUGAGUCUCUCGAAACUGUCCUGGCCCCUGAGGGUGGAGAGCAGUGCCAGGUUUGACCACCAGAGGGGAGGAGUGAGAGGGCCACAGGAGCCGGGACUGUGGGGAGGGUGCAGUGCUGUUUUGUAGCAUUUCUUCCUGGUGUGAGCCUCUCCACAAGCCUGUUCAUUUGGAGGCUGGGGGCAUGGGGUGCACAGGAACCUUGGCUCCUACCUCCACCAGUUAGGGCCCAUGUCGCUGGCUGCCUCCCUCCCCACAGAAACCCUGGAGUCUGUGCAUGAGUGCAGCAUCCCCUAACCAGACUCUGAACUUGCCCAGGAACCUUUAGUGGAGACACUCCACUCCAACCCACACCCCUGCAUUUGUUCAAGCUACCUCCCAGUGCCACAAAAAAUCAUACUUUGAGUUAAUUCCCUUGUUUAUUCAGUGAAUUACAUUGAGCUCCUCUGUGCCAGACACUGCCAAUCAGACAUUUGAUAGCGUCGAGAGGAGCACAGUGGAAGCACGAUUUAAAUGCUUUACAUAUCUGAAGUUGCUAGCGCUGCACACAACCCUGUAAUGACAAUACAAUUGUUCCCAUUUUACAGAUGAAGAAACUAAUUCAUUGAAGUUGCCUCCCCAAGGCCCUAGAGCUGGAAUUGGACUGGAUCCCAACCCUAAAAGUAUAUGGUCCCAGAGUCUAGUCUUACACGAUGGGGGUGGGGGAAACACUUUUAAGCAAUUGAAAUAUAACUCUCACGAAUGUACAGCUAUGAA